ACUGAGCAUGCGCAGAGCGCCUCUCUUCUGCCUCGCCUCGCGAGACUUCGGCUCGUCUCGCGAGAAGUGGGAGCCCACUGUCAUGGCGGCGGAGGAGCCGGAGGUGGACGUUGAGGGGGAUCUGGCGGCCGCGCCCGGGGAGGCGGCCUCAGAAGGUCAUGAAAACACAGCGUCAAGCUUACUGCAGGAUCACUACCUUGAUUCAUCUUGGAGAACUGAUAACAGUCUUCCGUGGACGUUGGACAGCAGCAUUAGUGAAGAAAACAGGGCUGUCAUUGAGAAAAUGCUGCUGGAGGAAGAAUAUUAUCUAUCAAAUAAAUCGCUUUCUGAGAAAAUAUGGCUCAGUCAAAAGGAAGCAGAAAAAAGAUCUGUGAAAAGCCCACAUAAGAAAACUGGAAAAGCCAUGGUGCGAUCUCCUACAAAACCAGGUAGCUACUCACUGAAGUGGACAUCAGAAGAAAAAGAACUAUUUGAACAAGGGCUGGUGAAGUUUGGCCGCCGUUGGACAAAAAUUGCCAAGUUGAUUGGGAGUCGUACUGUACUACAAGUAAAGAGCUAUGCCAGGCAGUACUUUAAGAACAAGGCAAAAAAUGAUGGUUCUGAAAGAGAAGAGCAAAGUCAGCAUGGUGGCAGCCUUCCCAUUGAAGAUGGGGUAAGGGUAGAAGCAUGGUCAGCUGGAAACUUGAGAGGCCGUGCAGACCCUAACCUGAAUGCAGUGAAAAUUGAAAAGCUGUCGGACGAUGAAGAAGUAGAUAUAACUGAUGACAUGGAUGAACUGUUUUCUCCUGCUUUCCAGCAAGAUAUUGGAAAAUCUGAAUUAUCCAUAAUUUCAGAAAGUCCAGCUGAAGAAACAAAAGAAACGGAGCAAACUUUUCCAAAAGUUGGACAUAGUUCUGCUGUUUCUUCCCAGAAGGAAGAAUCUCAGAAUACCAAGCAACGCACAGUGGACACAUUACUGUCUCAGGAUGUUGCAGCAACAUGUUCUCAGCACGUGAACGGUGAUAAAUCUGUGAACUUGGAUUACCAGCAGUGCAAUGAUUUUAUAGAGAAGGCUGAACAGGGUAGAACAGGAGCGUCUCAUGGUUCUAAACAAAUAACUGAGCAGGAGCUUCAUGAGGAACAGAGAGACCUGGCUGAUAAUGGACUGCUUUUUCAUCCCCCCUGCCAAGUGGAUGAAGAUCAUCAGGAAGAAGCAGAGGCUCUUAAGCCACCUGAUCAAGAAGUGGAGAUUGAUAGAAACAUCAUCUUGGAAGAAGAGAAGCAAGCUAUUCCUGAAUUCUUUGAAGGACGCCAGGCCAAAACACCAGAGCGUUACUUGAAAAUUAGGAAUUAUAUUUUGGAUCAGUGGGAGAGAUGUAAACCCAAAUACCUGAACAAGACCUCAGUACGUCCGGGCCUUAAGAACUGCGGUGAUGUAAACUGUAUUGGACGUAUCCACACGUACUUGGAAUUAAUAGGAGCAAUUAACUUUGGCUGUGAACAGGCUGUCUAUAACAGACCACAACCAGCUGAUAAAUCACGGUCCAAGGAAGGCAAAGACACAGUGGAAGCAUACCAGCUUGCUCAGCGUUUGCAGUCCAUGCGUACAAGAAGACGGCGAGUCCGAGACCCUUGGGGAAACUGGUGUGAUGCUAAGGAUUUGGAAGGGCAGACAUUUGAGCAUCUGUCUGCUGAAGAAUUAGCAAGAAGAAGAGAAGAAGAAAAACUGAAGCCUGCAAAAGCAUCUAAAGGUUCAAGACAAUUAAAAAGUUCCUUUGAUCCCUUUCAGCUGAUACCAUGCUGUUUGUUCACUGAAGAAAAACAGGAACCUUUUCAAGUGAAAGUGUCUUCAGAAGCACUUUUAAUAAUGGAUUUGCACUCACAUGUGUCUAUGGCAGAAGUAAUAGGGUUGCUAGGUGGAAGAUACUCUGAAGCUGAUAAAGUUGUAGAAGUUUGUGCAGCAGAGCCGUGCAAUAGCCUCAGUACAGGACUGCAGUGUGAGAUGGAUCCUGUAUCUCAAACGCAGGCCUCAGAAACACUUGCUGCCAGAGGGUACAGUGUUAUUGGGUGGUACCAUUCCCACCCAGCAUUUGACCCCAACCCCUCUAUACGAGAUAUUGACACUCAAGCUAAAUAUCAGAGUUAUUUCUCCAGGGGUGGUGCCAUGUUCAUUGGGAUGAUUGUAAGUCCUUACAACCGAAAUAAUCCUCUCCCGUAUUCUCAGAUUACUUGCCUGGUGAUCAGUGAUGAGAUCAGUUCUGAUGGUUCCUACCGCCUGCCCUACAAAUUUGAAAUACAGCAAAUGUCAGAGGAACCUCAGUGGGAAUUAAUAUUUGAAAAAACAAGAUGGAUAAUUGAAAAAUACAGAUUCUGUCACAGCAGUGUCCCCAUGGAUAAAAUUUUUCAUAGAGAUUCUGACCUGACUUGUUUGCAGAAACUGUUGGAGUGCAUGAGGAAGACUUUGGGCAAGGUAACAAACUGCUUCAUUGCUGAAGAGUUCUUGACUCAAAUAGAAAACUUAUUCCUUUCCAUGUACAAGAGUGAAAAGAAGAGUAAUUCUGAAGAAAACAAGAAUGAAUGUUCAAGUGAAUUAGAAUCAUAGAGUCACCAAGGUUGGAGAAGACCUACC